AUGGGUUCAAUCGAGUACAGGGAGAUCCCUCAGCUCACACCUCUUGAACGGAUUGCACCCAAAGGCUAUGUCCGUUACAUUUUCCUCUUCCACCUUGGGAAAGAUUACGACAUCAACAAGGUCUCCCAGGUCCUUCAAAUUGGCUACGAAACUCUUGCGCGAGAAAUUCCUGAAGUCGCGUGCGAGUGUAUACCCGAUACCGACAUUCAGAAGAAAGGUGUUAUGAGAUAUCGCAAAAUAGAGGAGGAGGAUGCUGCUCGAAUUGCUGUCAAAGACCUGCGCGAUUCGUUCCCAUUGAGCUUUAAGCAGCUAAAGGGUAAAGGCUUCCCCGUAUCAUACUUUGAUGCUGAGACAUUCUGCCCUGCGCCAAUCUGGCCAGUUCCUGGAGAAAAGGUUCGCACUUCUCUCGUGCAGGCUAGCUUCAUUCGAGGAGGACUGAUUCUGGGGUGGAAUCUUCUGCAUUUGAGUGGAGAUGGGACUUCUUGGUAUAUCUGGACCCAAAUUUGGGCAGACGCCUGUCGUCGAGCUCAGGGAUUGGAGGGUGUGUCCUUGAACUUGCCAGUAGAGAUUUGGGGAGACCGCGAAAGAGCGAGAAAACCAUCAGGCCGCAAUGCCGGAAAUAUUAAAGAUCAUCCAGAGUGGACUAUUCUACCUUUCACACCAACAUCACCACCGCCGAAGAUGAUGUCUCCCAAUCAUCGAGGCCAGGUUUUCUAUUUCUCUAAAGACUCCUUGAAGAGUUUGAAGGCGGAGGCGUCACCUGCAAAUGCCACCGAGUCUCAUGGUCAACAAUGGGUAUCUACUAACGAUGCUCUCUCGGCACUGCUCUGGCGUACCUUGAUGGCUGUUCAAAACCCCCUAGAUACAUUGAAAGGUGAUCCUACGUCUGUCUUCAACAUCGCAAUUGACGGUCGGCUACGAACGAACCCAAAGGUUCACCCACAGACUUUGGGUUGUUUCAUGGAAUACAUUGCAGUAUCGGCACCUGUUAGAAAGAUUUUAAGCACCCUCAAAAUUGCCGAUUUGGCGGUGAUGAUCCGCAAGGCCAUUCUGAACGCCGAUGAGGAAUGGACGGAUGAUACUAUCGCUCUCGAGGAGCAGCUUGAAGAUGUUGACCGACUAGUUGCCACUGCUUUCCUGGAUGUCCCUGGAUUCAAUUGCCUCCUGAGCUCAUGGGUGAAAUUUGACCUAUAUGGUCUCGAGUGGGGUACUGUACUAGGAGACAGAAUUGAGGCCGUUCGUACGCCGCAUGUCGGUGUUGUUAAUGGCCUUCAGGUCGUGCUUCCGAGGCUACCAGAUGGUGGACUGGAGGUCCUUGUCGGCGUGGAGGGAAAUUGCUUGGAUCGGCUCCUAAAGGACCCAUUGUUUACCAAAUUUGCUGUUGCUAGAUAA